GGCCUACAAGAUUGGAUCUGGACGUGUCGGUCUGCCCCCAUCUCCGCUUCUUUGCACCCGAGCAGUCGACCCGUUGUCGAGGCCUUUUCCUCCGAGACAAAUCUGGCUAACAUUUGUCCCAACGAAGAUCCAAUCGGGCUCGCAGUGAGCAACAAAGUGGGCAGAGUCUGCUUCACCCAUCUCAAUAAUUCUGUCGGCCGUCAGUAUCUGUUCCAGGCAAUGGCGACAGCAGUCAACGAUCCAGAAUGGCGGCGUAGAGUGGGCUCAGCCUGGAUCCGCGUGACUGUGGAGGAUGGUGCAAUGCUAGUGAACAUUUCCAUAUGGUAUGGUCAGUGA